AUGUGCAAAUUCAACCAAGAAAUCCACGUCUGCGGGCACAUCACCUACACCCUCCACGCCGCUUGUCCCAUGGCCAGCCACAUGCAAGCCAGCGGUCUCACCGGCCAAGCUAACUGUUCUCUACUCCCAAACACCACCCACUUCGUCCCUAGCUCCUUCAUCUACCGGACCACCACUCUGCCCGACACCAGCUGCAGCUCGCCCAGCUGCUUCUACACAGUCGAGAGCGACCCCUUCCACUGCGAUGCUCCCAAAGCCCCCAAGACCACCCCCCCGGGUCCCGCACUCCCUCCGUCAAUCCCGUCCUUCAGCAUUCCCAUGAAUCUCAGCCCCACCGGCGGCCCCUCUCUGUUCGACGAGCUCCUGAUCAUAGACCCAACUCUCAGCUUCGUGGAAUCUAUCCAGCUCGAGCUCCAAUGCUCCGUGGGUGCUCUUUCGCGCGAGAAGCACCAGGCGCGGGCCAGGCGCGGAUUAACGGGUGGCUAUAUGACGCCGAGGAGGGGUGGCUAUCAGAAGCUUAGCCGUAAUAUGGUGGAGAGGCGGUCUACGAGGGUUAGUUAUUCGGGCAGUCCUGUGUCGGUGAAGCCAAAGAGGUUGUGUGAUAUCCCGAGUACGGGUGGGAAGAGGAAGAGGGUGCUUGGUGGCAGGCCUGUGAAGAGGAGACGGAUGGCGAUUUCGAAGGUUGAUGAGGAGGCGUUGACAUGUGAUUUUGAGGCGUUGAGUGUUCAGGGACGGGAGCAGGAGUAUGAGUUGCCGAUGGAUGUUGUUGUUUGA